AUGCGAUUUCUCUGCUUACAUGGAAUGGGCGAGAAUGGAAGGGUCUUCGAGGCCCAAACCGCAGCCAUACGCCAUCGGCUUGGCCCUGAACACACCUACGAGUGGUUGGAUGGAUCGGUCCCAACCGAUAUGGCCCCUGGCCUCGAGACGGUCGCUAUGCCAAGCGACGAGUUUCUGAUGUAUGUUGACGAUAGCCAAGAGAGUCGUGUGCGACUCCUCGCGAAUCUGCAGGAGUUUGUGGCCACUGAGGGGCCGUUUGAUGGUUUAUUUGCUUUUUCCCAUGGCGCCAGCUGCGGUGCAACACUACUAUUGCAUGAAUUCCAGAAGAACGAUCAGGCGGUCCCAUUCCGCUGCGCUGUCUUCUUCUGUGGUGGGCCACCGGAGGAUCCUAAGAUGUUGCUAGAAGGGGAUCGCCGGGUCAUGGACGCCGCAACCGAUGGCGAGGUCUUGGAUCUCCCCACGGCGCAUAUCUGGGGGCGGAAUGACCAUCGAUAUGCAUUCGGGCCCCAACUCAGCUCGUUGUGUAGCAGCGCCAACCGCGAGGUCUUUGUGCAUGACAGUGGUCAUGAGAUUCCUGGGCCGCGCGAUCCCGAGGCUGUGAUGCAGGCGGUUCAGGUCAUCAAACGGACGUUGGCUAGAGCUACAGCGGAUGAGAAUUUUUAA